AUGUUAGUACGGAAUCAGUGUAGCGAGGUGCGGGAUUCCGGCCGCCCGUCGACGCGACCGGAACAGGAGUGCGUGGUCUCUGCAAGGCAAAACGCCCUCUGCGUCGCGCCGCCUCGCGUCCCUCCCUCUCUAGCCUCUCUGAUGCGCAUCACUCUGUCCCUCUCUAUCGGUUUGGUGCCUCACGCCUCCCAUGGGCGGCAGCGAUUUCCCGCCGUCAGCGGCCGCAACAUGGCCGUACCUCCGCUAAUCGCUCACCAACGUAUGACCAUCACCGUCUUCAUCAACAUGAUGAAGGUUCAUCAGGAGCUUUUCAAUACCGCAAUAAAAUCAAAGGCAACUUCUAGAAUGUCAUAA